AUGGCUGCAUUUCAAGACAUAUUAAAAGAAGUGUACUUUCGUGUAUUCCCCUCCGAAGCAGGCAAAGGGCAACUUGGUUCCAUUGAAUUUAAUAUUUGGUUGUCACAAAUAUCGGGUGUACCGUUAUCGCCAUGGUUUGUGCCGCUACACCGAACACGGCUUGUGAAUGGAUUAUUGCUGGCCUACGAGUAUAUCAGUUCUUUGUUAUUUUUUCCAGAUCCCGAUAUGGCUGGUCAAAUAUUUCCAUAUCGUGUUACAAUGCCCGCUUGGUUGCCCUUCUUCUUGCAGGUGGUCUAUAUAGGUGUCACUGACUUCAUGUUCGCCGUUCAAAUUGUCACGGUUGAUUACUUAAAUAUAAGCAUGAUGAAUUUACUACGUUGCCAUUUGAAUAUCAUCAAAUCCACUUUUGAUGAUCUUAUUUUGGAUGAAUGCCACAUGAGAAGAGAUAUGAGGCGUAUACGUGAUCCCAAUGCACGAAUGACUGACAUUGUGGAGCAUCAUUGCAUACUAAAGUCCGUGCGUGAUGACGUUGAACAUAUCUUUCGCCUUUCCAUAUUGCUGCAAUUCUUCACCUCUUUGGUUAUAUCUGCGGUGACGGGCUUUCAGGCGACUAUGAACUCCAGUAACUCAAACAGCGAGAUGAUAAUAUAUUUUUAUUGCUUUUGCAUUUUUACUCAGCUGUUCGGCUAUUGUUGGUUCGGCAAUGAGGUCAAUGAACAGAAUAAAACUCUCGCAACUCAUGGUUAUGGAUCGUCUUGGUAUCACUUUGAUCAACGAUUUCGAAAGUCACUCGCAAUUUUCCAGCUUAACGCGCAACAACCGUUUAAUUUUACUGGCGGUGGUUUCGUUGACUUGUCAUUGCCUAGUUUUACGAACGUACUGAGCAAGGCCUACAGCUUCAUCGCUGUACUGCGUCAAAUGUACGAACGCUGA